GGCACGGCUGUGCGUCAGGCGGCACGGCACGGCACGGCUCGGCGCAGAACGGAGUCCUCGGCUGAUCCUCCAUCCCGCGCGUCGGAGGCUGAGUCAGCGCGCCGCAGGAGCCGCGGGGACCCCGCCCGACAGCGGCCAGCAUCCCCCCCACAGACGGCAGUUUUAGCCUGAAAGGAAGAUGCGAGAAUCUACCUGAAGAGCGAAUUACAAGGGGGAUGAAGAAAUGUCCAGAUGAAUGUCAGAGGCAUCGUGAUAUUGAAGAAAGAAAAAAGACUUUGAAAAAUUUAAAGGAGGAUACACACAAAGACUUCUGACCGGAGGACGGGACUGGAUGUAAACCUUGGAGAGUGAAGCGGGGGGGACUGGCUGAGGAAAGGGAGAGCCGUCUGGAUGGUCACCACAAGUGUGACCGGCAGAGCAACCUCCUUCCAAGAUGGCCACCAACUUCAACGACGUGGUCAAGCAGGGCUACGUGCGCAUGCGCAGCCGCAAGCUCGGGAUCUAUCGGCGUUGCUGGCUGGUGUUUAAGAAGUCGUCCAGCAAAGGGCCCCGCCGACUGGAGAAGUACACCGAUGAGAAAGCGGCUUACAUACGAGCUUUUCCCAAAGUGACAGAGAUCAGCAACGUGAAGAACGUCACCCGGUUGCCGCGGGAUUCCAAGCGCCAGGCGGUGGCCAUUGUGUUCACGGACGACAGCUCGCGCACCUUUACCUGUGAAUCAGAGCUGGAAGCCGACGACUGGUUCAAGAUGCUGUCCAUAGAGUGCCUGGGCAUGCGACUCAACGACAUCAGCAUGGGAGAGCCCGACCUCCUGGCAGCCGGAGUUCAGUGCGAGCACACAGAGCGCUUCAAUGUGUUCCUCCUUCCGUGCCCCAACCUGGACAUCUACGGGGAGUGCAUGAUGCAGAUCACGCACGAGAACAUCUACCUGUGGGACGUGCACAACCCCCGCACCAAGCUGGUCACCUGGCCGCUGUGCUCCCUGCGGCGCUACGGACGCGAUGCAACCCGCUUCACCUUCGAGGCUGGGCGGAUGUGUGACAGUGGUGAAGGCCUGUACACCUUUCAGACCCGAGAGGGGGAACAGAUCUACCAGAGGGUCCACUCCUCCACGCUGUCCAUCGCUGAACAACACAAGAAGGUCCUGCUGGAGAUGGAGAAGAACAGCAGAUUGCUGUCGAAGGGCUCAGAGGCUGGCUCCUAUCCGUGCACCCCUACUGCCAUCCUGCCCCGAUCCGCCUACUGGCACCACAUCACCGGGAACCAGAGCGGCCCGGACUGCAGCGGUGGCGAUGGCGCGGAGGACCAGCUACUGUCCACCCACCUCCCCCCCGGCCGCCACGCCACGCUGCCCCUGGCCAGCACGCAAGCACAGUCCCAGCCCCACCUACACACGCCCUCCCCGACACACUACCCCACCUACCCCGGACAGUGACACAAACACACGCACACGCAGCAGACGUGGACAACCGAGCACACGCCGUCUCACAUGCAUGCAGGCUGAAGACCCACACACUCUCUUCUCCGAUAUUAUUCGAAUAGCCCUAGCCCUGCACCUCAAGGGACUAGCCGGAGGGGCUGAACUGUAGGCAGGAAAACCCCUGCUCAGAGUGGGUUUCCGUCCACGACUGAAUCUUGGAGGAGACAGAGUUACGAGAUGUUCUUCCACACUCAGGCCGAGGAACCGGCCUGAAACUUCGUAGCAGUUUGUAUCGUCCGCUGUUUGAACACUAGGAGCUUGUCAGUGUGCUUUAAACCAACAGGUUUGUCUUAAAGAUGGGAUGAAGAACCAUUUUCACUUUAUUUAUAUGGCAGGUUUUGUAUACUUGUUAUUCAGCUUCACCUGGAUGGGAUUUUUCAAGUUAUUUUUUCCUCCUCUGCGUUCGUCAUAUACAGGUAUGUGUGGGAUUGGAGUUUGAACUGAACCCUGUGUAAAAACUAGCACCGGAAGUAGUGUUCGUUAUGUCUAGACUUUGCCAGCUCGUGAGAAAAUUCUUCAUUUCAUGGUUCAAAGAAUGACUCAAAUAAGCCUUAUGUUAGUUUUAAAGAGAGACAUUUAAGAAUGGAGUUUUCUUAAAACGGACAUAAACGGAAUUUCUUGAAAAUUUCCUUGAAAAAAAUCUAGAUUUGUACAGGCAGUUGUAUUUUUUUUGCCCCCACCUUUGUGAAUAUUCGUUUUUACUUGUUUGAUGACAAGCUAGUUUAUUUAAAACAUUUGUAGACCUGCCCACUAAAAAAACUAAGUUCUUGAAUCUUGGCAUUUCACUUUCUGGGGAAUUCAUUAACUGCCAAUUUUAGUCCAGUUUUUUGUAGUCUUCAUUUUAAUGUGUGUACAGAGAGGGGUGGUCUGAUGGAUGUCAUGGGUUUUCGUGGGCGGGGUGGACGGCUGCCGGACCAGGGCUUCUCGGUGCCUUAACAGCACCACACGGACCGUGCUACCGCUGAAAAUAAAACCGACACCAGAUUUCUUACAUGGCUUGUACAAACCGAUGCCUUUGGUUGGCUUCCACUAGUUGUAACUUAUCAGUUACGUGGUCUCAUUUCUGAUGUUCUGAAAUGCUCCUAAUUGGAGAUUGAUACUGUGAUAUUUGAUUGGUUUGGAUGCUGUUGCCAUUAUCCGCAUGCUUGUACUCAGCUAUAUUUGCACAACCCUGUUCUUUUGAAUUCAGGGUCUAUAGUGGCCUACUGAUCGGUAAAGUUCACAGAUGAACUUUAGGUUGGUGACAGACCACGCGUAUGAUGCAUUGCCAAUAUUUGACAGUUUGAAUGUCAGAUAUUUAAUGAUUUUUUUCAAAGUUUUCUUUCUCAAACGAUGGACGAAAGGCUAGAAAGUGAAAACUUUCCACUGGAAAACCCAAAAGCCAGAAUGGAAACCGUGUAGAGACAUUGACGUCCACACACUCUCUAAAGGGCAGUGGAACAGAAAAACACAGCCUGAGUGUACUGAGGGGGGGAUUUUUGUUAACUCUAAAAGAAGCACUUGCACAAGGCCCACUUAGGAACCCUCAAAUGUAGCAACAAUGAACCAUACGACACAUUUCCUGAUAAGCCUACCCUCUGUCAGAUCUUUAUGUUGCUCUGAGUGAGUUGUUAAGGGGUCAGGACCAAGUCUGCAUAGGGCUAUAACUCCCAGAAGGCAUCUUUCUCUAAAGUAUGUGUUGUUGCUAACAUGUCUGUCUGUAUUUAGACUGUUGUUGUUUUCACUGAAUCUUACAACGAGUUAUGGCUCCGAGGGCAUUCUCCUUUCAAAUAAAGUGGUAAAAAUCUCGCUGACUUGAGAGCAUUGGUAAUUAUUCAGGUAAGUAGAGGGUUAGAAAUAAUGACAUACCUCAAAUAAUAAUAAUUCUAAUGGUUAUUAUUGUCCUCAUUCACAUGGCCAUGUGUUAGCUAAACGUAUCUCAUAAUGCAUGUCAUGUUGGUUUAUUCUGGUUUUGACAAACUGGAUC